CGUGUACUAGGUUAAUUGCGAGACUUACUUUUUGCAAUAUAGAAAGUCUAGAACUAUUUGGGCGAGAGCCAGAAUUCUAUCAAUUAUAACAAAAUUCUGAAAAUGGGGCGCUAACGUCACAGUCUUUACUUUUUUCCUCUGUACACCUGUCAGUCUGUUUACCGGCUUGCUUGCGCACAUACGUGUCGGAACAACGCAUCUCCUUGGAAUUUAUAAUCGUGUUUUGUUUUGAAAUCACGAGGAACUUUCUCCGAACAAGACAAUGCGCUUCCGUAGCAAAAUUCAAACUUUGAAAUCUCUUUGUAGCUAUUAAUUUGGGACUAUAUAAUUUAAAUAAAUUCCACGUCGAUGAAAAGUUAUAUUUUAAGUCGAUUGAGCAUGAUAAUUGAUAGCAGCGACUGACAAAUAAGCAUUCCAGGAAUAAAUAUCUUUAAUUUAAGUAACGCAUGAAUUGAUAUGAGUCGCAUAAUCUUGCGAAUGCUGAACAUCUUCUGAUUCACCCCGAACAUGUUCGUGGCAGAAAAAAUGAGAUCAUCCCGUCGCUUAAAUUAUGCGACUAGGUACUGGGGAACACUUAUAUAUUCCCCACAUCGCGGCCAACACAUUUCCAAAAAGACCGAAAAUGCAACGAGAGAGUGUACGACCGCGCUAAAACUAAAUAUAACUGCAGUCCUUCGUAGAAUGCACCACGAUUUACCCGCGUCGCGCAGAACGGAAUACAUCUAGAAUUAUUUUACGGAAACUAGUGCAAGCUGUUCAUCGAUCUAUCGAGAAUCAAUUUUACACGGCUGUGAAAAAUCCUGUCCGCUCUCCGUAAGAUCACGCUUGGAUCAAACCGAGAUGCGGACAUUUUGGUGGCCGGUACCGGCGUCGAACCCGUGCAUUGUGCUAUCGAGAACAAUAAUGGCGUGGUCACUUUGUACCCCGUAAAUGGCAGUACGUUUGUUGAUGGUGUAUCGAUAAAUUCACCAGUGAGACUUGCGCAAGGUUGCAUGCUAUCAAUAGGCCGAUCGAAUUACAUGCGUUUUAAUCAUCCAGCCGAGGCUAAACACCUACGAUCUGUCUUUCCUCACUCGAGAAUCUCAAUGGCGCCGAUAAGUUUUGCUCUUCCUGACGGUCAGUCGCAGGAGAAUCAUCACUUAGAGCGAAAGCCACCGGUUGCACCGCGGAAAUCUCCCAGGAACUCUUGCUCUGACGACGAAAUGGGUUUUUUGAGCAAACUGACUAAGUUCGAAAUGCUAUCGAAGCAAAAUAAAACCAAUUACGUUUCACCGAAGGUUUUUCCCGCUGGUGCUGUCACGACGAAUGUACCAGCCGACCAAAUCCUCGGUCAUUCGAGAUCGUCGAGCUUGGUAUCCUUGUCGAAAUCUCCGACAAACGGUUUUACCGUGAACGGUAACGUUGACUCGACAUCGCAGAAUUCGAUUGGUUAUCACGACGAGGCUCGUCAACGAUCAGACCCACGUCUCAGUACGCCAACUCGAUCGAAUGCAGUCAAUUUGCAAUGUCAGAAUCACAAUCAGAUUAGGAUGUACACGGCGGAAACACAUUUAAAAACAUGCCAGCCGUACUACGAAAACAACAGCAAAAACGCACGAUCGCCGUCUUUUGGAAUGACGUCUUCAAAGAUCGUCAGUGCUCGAAGUGACGACCUGAUGUCUCAAAGUAUGACUUGCCAGAGCUCGAACGAUCUCGACCCUCUCGUAGACAGGGACUUCGAUAUGAGUCAAAGUCUUAUCGUCACGAAAACGACUACCACGGAGUUUCUGCAGUUGGAGAAAUAUGGAUCGAAUCCGAGUAUCUGUAACGCCAAUACCAGCGGAGAUGCUAACGUCGGAAUCUUGAGGCCAUCUACCGCUCAAGGUUUCGGCUCGAAUCCAAACGUUAAGCGAAUUCUUCCACCAAGCCCGGCAUUCAAUAGAAAUCCGAGAUAUAGCGAGCAAAAGAGAGUUUAUGCGAGGGUCAAGAGUCCUACCCCAAGUGUCGGCAGCAAUUGCUCCCUCGAAGAACUGCGAGAAAGGCAAGCAGACGCGGAGAAUAAACGCAGGGAGGCGGAGACCAAGCGGAAACAAGCGCAGGAAGAGAGGUUGCGGGAGCAAGAGGUCGAGAGGCAAGAGAAAAUGAGGCUCGAAGAAAUCUUGGCAAUGUGUGCUGAAUACGAAAGACAAAGUACCGUCGAAAAGCCGAGGCAGCCCAAUCGGAUUAUAACAAACGGAUCUCUCCCGCGUGAAAAGAGACCCGGCUAUACUUCUUUCGACAGUCCAAAGAGCCCGUCGAAAAAUCAACCGCAUUUCUCUUUCGAUACUGGCAAGCAAACAAGUUGGGGAAGUACUUCGUCAUACGAGAACAUAUCCGUGCAAAAUUCUAAAAUUACUUUCCAAAAUGGCAAUUCGCCUGUCGGUCGUAAGGAUCAAUCUGCUCAAGUUGAAAAUCAUUCGUGUGACGUUCCUGCAGGAUCACCACAUGCAACUCCACCGAGUAAUAAUCAAUCGGCGAAGUACUCUAAUGUUCACAAUACGAAUGGCAACUGCAGCUUCUCAGAUUCGAUUUCUCGUAAUGGCAAUUACGAAAACGUUAAUAUCGGCAAUAAUACUAAAAAAAGCGGCAGCUACAUCGAUAAGACAGGAAAUUACGGAAAGGUUGAUGAUACCAAAGGUUCACCGUCCACGUACGGAACGAUUCGACUGAACGGAACGAAAAUCGAACCACAACAAGCAACACAAAAUGGGAACACCAGUAUUUACGAAAACAUCGCGUUAUCUCCGACGACGCGGAAUAACAAUCAGAAUCAUUCCAUGCCAAAGAAAAACAGUCAGUUGUCGAACUCGUACGAGAUGAUAGAAAACAAGUUGGCCAUAUCGAACGACGACCUUCUUGAGGCGAUCGAGCAGCUAUCUAUGCUCUCAAAAUCAAAAGAAAUCUGCGUGACUCCUAAGCGAAAUAAUUCUGAAAUAGAUAAUACAAAAUCCAACGAAGUGAAAGCCGACAAAGAGAGGAAACAGCUGGAAGAGGAAGACAGGAAGAAAUACAUAGAAUUUUUGCAGAACGAGAAGUUACACAUUCUUGGGAACAUGGAUGCUUUGAAAAGGAGCGUCGCCGAAAUUGAGAUUCAAGAGGAAGAAGUCAACAGAGAGCUCGAAUUGGAGAAAGCACUUCUAUCCGCGGAGUAUGAAUCGGAAUCUCUGAAGCUCACGCAAGAUGAAGGAGAGAAGAUAAAGGUGCAGAUGCGAAUAAACGAACUGGAGAGAGAAAUGGCAGAGGAUAAUGCGACUCAUUCGAAUUUGCAAGCUGAAGCGAAACAACGAGUUCAAAAGGCACAACAAACUUGCGCUCGAUUAGACGAACAACUGGCCAAUUGCAUGGAUGAAAUUAUGCAGCAGGAUAUUGCCGACAAGUUAGUAGCGCAGCAAGACGUCUUGGAGAGCGAGAGAAAAGCUUUCGAGGAUUUGGAGUUUCAUCAUCUUGAAGAAGAAGCGAGUAAAUUGGCUACGAGAGAAGAGCUGCAGAGAUAUUUGAGUGAUCUUACAAGCAAAAUCGAAGGUAGAAAGUCGCAACUGACUCAUCUGGAAUCACAGCGAACCGAGAUAAAGAACACGGCAACGAAAGAUGCUAGAAGUCUGGAGAGACAGAAAUUGGGACAUUUAAAGCGAUUGGAAGAAGCACGAAAUCGAGUACGAGAAAUAAACGAAGAGCUCGGCUAUCUCGCCCAAAACUCUGCUGAAUAUUCCGAAGAAAAACGAUCCCCGAGUAGAGAAGACUUUGAUAGAAUCUCUAGAGUAACCAAUGACUCUCCUAUCGUGAACAAUCAAGGUAGCUUAGGAAGAAAAACGAUCGAAUCGCUGAAAGAAAUCGAGAGAAAUCGGCAGCUUCAUUUAGCUAAACAAGGAAGCCAAGUAAUUUCGGAGGAGAGGCGUAGAGUCGAAGAAUUGAAAAGACGUGUGCAGGAUGAAGUCCGUUCACAAUGGGAAGAAAGAAAAAUGAACUGUGCGUCUUUCAACAGCGUCGAAUCUGGCGAAGAAUCUUCCAGUUAUUCCACUGGACCAACAGAAAGUGGUAGCGGAAGCACCGACGGUGCGGAAGGUGGAGCCAGCGAAAAAUUAUCCCCUAGCAAACUUUCGGAACUUACUUCACCCAGUCCAGGACCGUCCAAUAAUUCUUACAGUUUACUCCAAAAUGACAAUAUGAGAGACGACAGAAGAACAUCGAUGGAAGGUGAGAGACUUAGCGACAAUAGUGGCGGUGGUGGCGGUAGUAGUGGCGGAAUUAUUGACGGAAAUGGAAGUCGUCCCCUUUCACAGACAUCCAGCGAAAUGGAUACACUUGGACCAUUGCAACCUGUCAAACAUCGCGAAAAGGCAAAACUUCAGAGGCCACUCACGAGGUAUCUUCCGAUCAAGUCGGAGUCCCUGGAUCUAAGGCAUCACAUAGAAACUGCCGGACACCAGUUACCUUUGAUCUACGAUGUUACGGUCGACACAACAAGUUGCAGUGGUUAUUUAUCAAAGAUGAGCAAGAAAUUUCAUCAUUGGAACAAGCGAUGGUUCGUUUUUGAUCGCAGACGGAAGACGUUAUCUUACUACAGUGAUAAUACAUCCAGAAAGGCUCGCGGUGUAAUUUACUUCCAGUCGAUCGAAGAAGUCUAUGUGGACCACAUGAACACCGUCCGAUCGCCACAGCCAUCCCUCACCUUCAUCGUGAAGACUUCGUCUAGACUGUACCAUCUCAUGGCACCCAGCCCGGAAGCUAUGCGUGUUUGGGUGGACGUGGUGUUUACCGGAGCAGAAGGAUAUCACGAGUUUGAUCACGGCGUUUGAUUUACACUUAUAUUUAUAAAACAAAUUUCCAGGAACCAGAAUCAAAUUUUCUAACUUGACGAGAACACAGUAAUUUCUGAUUUUUAAUAAUUAUAAUGAGAAAUUAUAUCCAACAUCAGAACAAUUUGUGAUUGAAAACACAAAUGAAUAAUGUGCAAAAGUAUGUAAGAUAUGAAUUAGAACAUAAUUAUUUUUUUAACGUGUCUUGGAAACAUCUAAUGAUUUUACGUUGUAAUAGGAACUUUUUUCGAAUAUUAGAAGUAAUAUUCCUUAGUGGGAAGCAUUUCUGUACAUCAAUUUUUAUGAGACGAACACGAUCACUUCAGAAAAUUGGAACAAGCGCGAGAAUUGAGCUGCUGUUAAAAAAAUAAAUGAGGCAGCUAAGUGUAGAUUAAAAAUGUGUAAGCUAUUUAUAUAACAAAAAUAAGAGAUACUUUAAUUAAAUAUUAUGAAUUUAAACGUAAUUAUUAAGCUUUACACAAUUUUAUUGAUGCACUGAUAAAUUCAAACUAC